CAUCUGUGUGUUAUUUUAAGUCGUGUUGUAAACUGUAAUAUAUGGAUUUAUCAUAUGCUUACCAACGCUUGAGACAAUAAUUUAGAAGAGAAUGGACUCUCAUAAUAUUACCUGAUAAGGCACUCGAGGCCAAGAAAGCUGAGAAUGCGGAGCUACCAUUCAUUGACAUGACGCAAUAAGUGAUAAAUUCCAUUGAGGAUGUUUGGGCGAAUAGAGUGGAUAGUCUAUAUUUGCAGGAAAUUCAAUAUCUUUAACAAAAUCAUUGUCCUUCUGGUAUAACCAAUAGUUCUUCAAGUCGCAUAGACGCCAAGCGGAUCGGUCUGUUAAAAUACAUUCAACAUGUUGGAGUCUAAUAUUGAUCUAACCAACAAAAAGCAUGUUAAGAUUUCCUGAGAGUACACAGAUUUUGUUUAAAUAUCAACUAAGUACAAUGAAUUGAAGUAACCUUAUUGAAAUCGCACAAUGUAUUUUCUUGAAGACAACUUGAAUUGGUACUCAGUAUUGGACUCAAAUCAAAACACAUUAGGGCUCUAUCUAAAUAUGUUUGCAAGAAUCGAUGUUGAUAUUUUAACUUAUAUUUUCAGAGAGUGUUGACUAUAAACGGAUGAACUAGGCAACUAUGGCAACGGUGACAACGGUGAAAUAACACAACAAUGCAUAAUUCUGAUGCCGAAGACACCAAUGGCGUGAAUGCAUUAUGUCAAACCGUCCGUGAAGCAGUUAUAGUACAUAUCUAGAGGGAUACGAGACUCAGCAACUUACACUAGGAUGGUCACUAGGCCCAUUAGGUUAUAUGUUUAAGACGGAUAUAACAAUAAGAAAAGUGAAGCGAACACUGAUAUCUUAUAUCAUUUAACAUUACUACUAGUAUCGAUAAAAACAUUACGUAAGAUCAUAACAGGAAAAAUGUUCUAAUGGAUUAUGUGACUCCAAAUGAUUGACCCAAUCUUCUAGCAUUCCAAGGAAUAAGUAAAAUAUUAUCAAAUCAAAUCAUCAAAGACUCGAUAAAUUUGAUCAUAACAUGCCCGAAAUGCACAGGACCUCUAUAAGUUGUUACGCAGCACAGUAAUCGUAAACAAAAACAAACCAAAAUCUCAGUUCGGAUUUGAAUGAACUAUUACUACGACAGAUUACACAUUUAUAUAUUUUAAGUAAGUAUCUAAAGUAUUUGAGUGGGCAUUGUUAGAAACUCUAAGAUUGAACUUGAAGACUUGCCACUCUAAGGAUUAUGUAAAGGUCUAUGAAUGUUAACCUCAAUGGGCAAGAUGAAUGUAAUGACCCUGAAAUAGAUGCGGUCAUAUGAAAACUUUAACCUGAAUCAGAAGAAUGUUAAAACUCUACACACCAACCCUUAACUAAAAGAUUAUGUGCGUGAAUAAGACAAAUUAAUAAUACUACAGAAAUGGAAGAAGACGUAGACAAAGAUAAUGCUACGAAUAAACUUCUUCCGCAGAAGGAACACAUUGAGGGCGACGACCGUCAAAACCCAGUAAAGUCCCUCGUGAAUAAACUAUCGCGGAAACCACUGAUGGACUACAAACUAGCGUCCAGGCCUCCAAUUUGGAAAUCAACCAGAACAUAUUCUCCAUUUCUGGGGAAGGUAAUUUCAGACAAAAGUCCAAAGAAGCCAGUUUUUAGCACAGCCUUAAAAAGCUACCCGAAACGUAGACCCUACCCGCAAAAAUUACUUUUUGAAAAAUAUAGCUAUUCAAAAACUUCUGGGAAACAAAAGUUGAACGAGGGAACUGAGGUACCAACGCCGAGUCCUGGGAGCCAUGAAUAUGCCCUCCCAUAUUUGGACAAUAAUUUAGAAGGUCAACGGAAUGUACAAGAUGUUGUGAAAUAUGAACCUCAUGAUAUCGAACUUGGAAGUGAAGCAUCGCUUUACAUUGAAAAGAGGGUAAAUAACCCUUAUUUGGGCAAUUUCAUACAUACGAUUCAUGGACUAUCAAAUAACAAGCGUACACAGGAUGUAACAAUUAACACCAAUAAUCUUAAAUCGGGUGGGACAAUGGAGGCCAUUGAAAAGGUAAACACAUUACUUGAUGAUCAAACAGAGGGUGUUCGAUCUGCCGAGACAUCUAAAGGUUCAAACAAUAGUAGUCAAGGGCACAAUUCAUUGCAUAAUAGUAUCAAGUCUUGUCCCCCUGAUGUAGAGAAUGCAACGAAUGCCAUAAAAUUUCCUACUGUCCCUUCUCGUUGUGUCCCAUCGGCAUCAUCUUCGCGGAGUCGAUCACACCGGAAACAUUCCAGACGAAGAGAAUGUGAACCACAUGUAGCACUAUUUUCAAGGAUGUCAUUGGAAGCCAAAUAUGCAAUAGCCACGGCAAAGAAAAAUCAAGAUAACUGUCGUAGAGACUUAAAUGAUCUGGACAGUGUUGGAAACACAGAAGGGCAACAAAUCGUAGAAAAUAAAGAUGAUACGGGUAAUAAUUUUGCUGACGACAAUCAUAGUACAAGUAAGCCAAUGAGCAUAAUUAUGCGUAGAAAUACCCCCGCUUCAACAUUAGAACUCAAAGACAAUGAACCUGUAAGAUCUCGUGCAAUAUCUCAGUCACGUGAUGUCCUCCGCGAGAGUUAUCCAUCGGCUCGGACUUGGACAAGAAAGACUCUCCUACCGAGUAUCGGAUCCGGGUCCCGCUACAAUUCAAUGGAGGAAUUAAGAGAUGUGGGCGGCAUGUCUCAGCGUAACAUUCCAGGAGUUGGACAGUUCAUGAUGGCUAUUGGUUCUCGCGAGAACAGCUUUCAAAUCACGCCUAUUGGGUAUGAUUCCCGCUAUGCAGAAACACAGUUACAAGAGUUGAAGCAGAGGGAGAACAGCGCUACUGAGUUCGAUGCAGGGAUGACUAAAAUUGCACAUAAAAAAUGCAAUGAGUGGUUGAAAAAGUAUCAUUAAAAAUAUAAUUUAACAUAAUUAAAUUUUCAAAUAAAUAAUCUAAAAUCUAACUUUGUGAGUUACUGAAUUCUACCAUCCCCUACUAAAGUAGCGGUCACACUAGCCGUGUAGGCUCACCGUUCGCCACCGUGUGGCUAAUUAUGGCCAGACGGCGGUGCACGGUAUGGCCACACGGUGGGUCGUUUCCCGCCCGUUGAGAAACGUUCAGGGAACGUUGCCGUCCAUCCACACCCGGCGAAUUUUUUGAGCAUGCUCAAAACUUUUCCCGUUUGAGUAACGUUCGGUUGCGAACGGUGAUAGCGGUACGGGAAUGGUAUAAGGACGGUGCGGCCGUUAAG